UGAUCCAUGCGUGCUAAGUUUAUCCUCUGUUGACGGUCGACUGGAAGAGGACGCGUUUCACUACCGUACGCUACGUUUUAUCUUCAUUAUCUCUAAUCAGAUUUGGCUCUGCCGGUCGGUGAGUGUGUCCGGACUCCUCUCCUCCUCCUGGAUAUUUUAGUGAGCGGGUGGUGUCAUGGCUGAGCCCGCGGGAAAGCGGUUGAAGAGCAGCCUGCCGCUGUGCAGAGCGCACCGGAGCUCCGGGGGCAGCCGGGCCAGACACAACCUGCAGGCCGCCGUGGAGGAGGCUCUCUGCGGGGUGAGCAGCCUGCUGUGGGACGGAGCGUACCGGCUGAAGGCUCUGGCCAGUGUGUUCGAGCGGGACGAUGUCGCUCUGCCCUGGGUCGCUUCUUUCUUCCACCAGGAGGCGCUAAAGCAGGAGGAGGAGGCCGAGGCCAUGAUGGGAUACCUGGCUGAGAGGGGGGGCAACUUCUGCAACAAGGACAUUCAGAAGCCGGGCUGCGAGGUGGUCCUCGCCGUGUUACCCGCUCUGGAGCUGCUGAUGCUCCAGCUGAAGGAGGAGGCCGACGUCCUGGUCGCUCUGAGCCAGCUAGCCCGUCACCACGGAGACCCGCACACUGCCAGCUUUGUGAAGAGUCACUUCCUGUCCCCUCGAACGGACCGACUCAAGCUAAUCGGAGACCUGCUCACCAGCGCCCGGCGGCUGGGCUGCACCAAUGACCAAACGGCGGGGGGGUUCGGGGAGUACAUGCUGAAUGAGCUGCAGGACGAGCUCACAAGAUGAUCGAGCUCUAACAGUCGAAGAAGAAGACUUGAUUUGACCGAGAACAAAGUUAGAUUUCAUGAUUUUCUGAAGGACCAGCACAACAUCUUUAGACACCAGCUUGACAAAGAGCAGCCAUGAAAAAUGAUUUGGUUUCCUAUCGUAGAAGGAUGAUGUAAUCCGACUGGCAAUUGGGAAUUUCUGACUUCCGAGAUCAAAUGGAACGAACCAAGAAGGUUGGAGAGGAAGGGGUUAAUGACGCUACAAUGCUAACUGCUGUAAAUGUUUUUAUUUUUUUAUUUCUGCACACCUUCAGAGACAAAGAUUUUUAAAAAAAGACAGGAAUUGGAAAACUGUUAUCCAAAGAAAUCUUGUGAAAUCCUUUCCUGUAAGAUAUGUUUUUUAAAACGCUUUGAGGAAAUCAAGUGACGACAAAGAACAAAACAGGACACAAUAUAGUUCCCAAAGAAAGGUCACAUAUUCUGUAAAAUCCACUUCACCAUGUUUCUCUAACUCUAAUAUGUGUCUCUAGUCUGUCUGCAAACCCCCCAAUAUUGAGAAAAGUCCAUCCUCUCCGUCUUUUGCCUGCUCCACUUUUCAGAAAAUGUGUGCUCAAACAGGCCGUUUGGAGAUGUUCCCUUCAUGACAUCACAAAGGGCAGUAACCCCUCCCCCAGGUGGGUGACACGCCCACUACCCUCUGAAGGUCUGUUUAUGAUCCAGUCUGGGAGAUUUUUUAUGAAGCAUGCAGAGAAAUGUCUCAUUCUGUUUCCACAUUUUCUUCUUAGUUUAAUUAUUUGUGUCCUUACAUGACCUUUAAAAUUCUCAAAUUAUCACUCUGACACCAUCAGUCGCUCACACUGCUGCUUCAGCAACCAAUUUUUUUAAAAGCAGUUUUCCGCUUUGCUCAGGUGUCUUGACUUUAGCAUCAGUAUUCAGUCUGAGAGUAAGGACCCAGCUUUGAUAUUUGAAUUAUCUUUUUUUUGUCUGCAAAUUUCCAAGACUUUCCUUGUUUAAUAGACGCUAAUAAAAACACAGUAAUCCAAAAGGGG